UGUUUUACAACGAAAAGAAAAAAAAUGAAUAAAAAUUUCUUGUUGUAUUUUGCAAUUCUCUUUUGUGCUUUCAGUGGUAUUUACGUACACACCCUGAGGUGUUUUCAGUGCGAUUCGACGGAAUUACUAUCGCCAAAAUUCCAACAAUGUGACAGGAUGAAAAUUUUGAGGAAGAAUGAGGAAAAUUGUAUAGAUGAACAUGAAGUUUGCUAUCGCACAGUUUUCUAUCACAGAGAUGAUGGGAUAAUAGUGCAGCGUGGGUGUCAAGUUGAGAAUAUCUGUGAAAUUUGGAAGAAAGGAAAGAAAUAUCCAAAGAACUUUAUGACAGAAGAUGAUCCUUAUAUGGUUCUUGAGUGUACAGUUUGCAAUACGGAUUUAUGUGAUGCAAAAGUUAAUCCAACAGAUGGAUGGAGAGUAUUUGACGACGUUAACCGAACAUAUUGUUCCACAAAUUCAUCAUCAUCACAAUCAACAAAUAACACAGCAGCAAGUGUAUGAAAAUUCAACAAGAAAAUAUACGAAUUGAAUUAAAAUAUCAACGUAAAAAUAUAAAAAAGUCAAUCAUCGUGAAAAAUUCUAGAAAAUCUCAGAAUUUUCCUAUCAAAAGUUCAACUCGAACAGGCUUUUUUUCAGUUAAUUGUAAAACUUUUUUAUUUAAUAUUUUGAAAUUGUUUAUGACGCACAGAAAGGUGAUUUAUUUUUUGGGAAAUAGUUCUAAAGAACUUUCGUGUUGCAUUAAACUUUGAAAACUUCUUAUGCAAUGUCCAACAUAAAAUUACGAUGUACAUCGUUUGGUAUCACGCAUAAAAGAAGCAGAAGAGUUGAGGAAAGAGUCUAGUUUUUUUGAGGAAAAUUUUGUAAGAAAAUGUCUCAGUGGUUUUUCUUCAUUUUCUUGGUUAUUUUUCCACCAACAACUCCCAUCUUUGGUAUACAUCUCGAUGGAAGGUGUGACCCACCGUGGGAUUUUGUACACCCUCAAAUCAACUGCGUGGAAUUAAUGGAUAUUUUUGGAGAUGAAACUACGAACACAUUGAGCGAUAUUAAAUUCAUACCAAUUGCCCAUUUGCCGAAUUCCAAUGAAACUCUUAAUUUUUUCCACAAUCCCUACACUUCGCUCCAUAAGUUGAUCUUUACAAUUUCCUGUUGGCAACAUUACUCCAUCAAUGACGGCUCAAAUGUAACUUUUGAAAUUAAUUUUGCUUGCGAAGAAAAUAUGAGGGAUAAUAAUAAUUGCUAUUUACUUCAAUACCAAGCUAUUUCAUUGAAUUCUACAUUUACCAGCAUUUCACAAACUUGGGUUAAUCAUACGAUUGCAGAGUGCGAAAAUAUCGGUCAAUUUUACGUUUAUGUGUGGUACAAUAGUUCCUCGGAUAUAUUAAUCUUGUGGAAUUGCCUUGAAAGACAAAUAAACAGAGAAAUUGGUGUUUGGUUUCUUUCACCCAAAGAAAAAUUAGUCAAGGGAAUCCUUCAGAGGUACCAACUAAUUAAUCAAUUUUCAGAAAUGUUGAACAUUUCGAUGGAAGAAUUUGAAAUAAAUGAUAACAUUUAUGGAAAAUGUCCAGAGAAUUUUGUCUGCUCCUACUAUAAGAAGUGUGUAAACAACUACGUAAAAAAUUCUCUAAAUUCACCUCUUUAUCACUCCAUUAGUUCAUAUUUAUUCUAUUUUGGUGCAAUAAUUUUAGUUAUUGUAUUUGUUGUGUGUAUAUUAAAAACAUGCAGAAAAUAAUCUUAUAAUUGUAAUAUUAAUAAGAACAAAGAUUUAUGUUUUAAUGUGUGAAAUAAAAUUGUUAAAAGAAUAAAAAAAA